CCCGGCUCCCGCGCCGCGAGGCCGAGCCCCCGCCGGUGGCCGGGCUCCAAGGCGAUCCCACGAUGGCCGGCCCGAGGCCGCGGGUCGAAUACCUGGCGGGCUUCUGCUGCCCGCUCGGGGGCCUGGCGGCGGGCAAGCCUCGCGUGCUGUGCCACGGGGCGGAGAUCUUCCUGUCCACUGGGAGCGAGCUGGUCUAUGUCUACGACCAGGAGGGGCGGCUGCUGAUCGCCGUGUACAAGUUUCCCGGUCAGGUGUGGCACCUGGAGCUCCUGGCCCUUCGCAAGGUGCUCUAUGUCCUGUGCGCCCGGAGCGGCAUCUAUUGCUUGUCUUUGGACCAGACGACCAGGUCUGUGACCCAAGACGAGGACGGCGGGGAUGACCAGGACAGUGAGGAUGGGCAGGUCAGUGAGCCCCCCGUCCCUGUGAUCCCUGUGGACCCAGAUUCCUGUGUGCUCCCGGACACCUCGCUGCAUGCCUUCACCGUCCUUGAUGACGCGCUCGUCACCUUGGCGCUGGGCCCCACCCAGUGGAAGAUGCAGCUGUUUGAGCGUCCCUCUCCAGGGGACGACCCCAGGCCUGGAGGCCAGAUUGGUGAGGUGGAGUUGUCCACCUGCACCCCCCCAGCUGAGAGCCAGGGGGAGUCCGCAGCCCCCCGCUUCCUCCCAGUGCUGUGCUGUGCAUCACCACCAGGCUCCAGGACCCCACUCGGCCACUCCUGGAGCUCUGGGGGUGUGACGCUGGAGGGGGCCCUCUUUGGGCUCCUCUUUGGCGCCGACGCCGCCCUCCUGGAGUCACCCGUGGUCCUCUGUGGGCUGCCCGACGGCCAGCUCUGCUGUGUGAUCGUCAAGACCUUGGUCACCUCCACGUCAGCCCCGGGUGACCCGAAGGCCCUUGUCAAGAUCCUCCAUCACCUGGAGGAGCCUGUCGUCUUCAUUGGCGCCUUGAGGACAGAGCCGCUGGCCGAGGAUGUGGAAGACGUACACUGCGACUGCCUGGUGGCCCUCGGGCACCACGGCCGGACGCUGGCCAUCAAGGCCAGCUGGGACGAGGCAGGGCACCUGGUGCCUGAGCUGCGGGAGUACAGCGUCCCGGGGCCCGUGCUCUGUGCGGCCUGCGACAGGAGUAGCCGCGUGUACCACAGCACCUCCGCGGGCCUCCGUGUAGUCGACCUGGCUCAAGAGGGUUCCCCCUUGGACCCCACGGAGCAUGACGGGGCCCCAGGAAGCCUGCCUGCUCUACUGUAUCCGGACAGCUUGGGUGUCUGCAGCCUCGCCACCCUCUGUGUGUCAUCCAGCACGCCUGAAGGAGGUGCCGAGCUCCUGGCCCUGUCUGCCAAAGGCCGGCUGAUGAUCUGCCACCUGGACCCACACGAUGAGGCACCUCAGCCCUCCAGAGUGACCUCAGCAAAGGCUGGCCAGAAAAUUAAGCAGUUGUUGUCUGGAAUUGGCACUGUGUCUGAGAGAGUGUCUUCUCUGAAGAAGGCAGUUGACCAGCGGGACAAGGCCCUGACCUGCCUCAACGAAGUCAUGAAUGUGAGCUGCGCCCUGCUCUCGAGCCGGGAGGGUCCGCGGCCCAUCUCCUGCACCAUCAGCACCGCCUGGAGCCGCCUGCAGCUGCAGGACGUGCUGAUGGCCACCUGCCUGCUGGAGAACAGCAGCAGCUUCAGCCUGGACCGGGGCUGGGCCCUAUGCGUUCAGGUGCUCCGCAGCUCCCGGGCCUUAGACCUGGACUCGGCCGGCUCAGCCAUCACCUACACCAUCCCCGUGGACCAGCUCGGCCCCGGCGGUCGGCGCGAGGUGACACUGCCCCUGGGCCCCGGCGAGGACGGUGCCCUCGACCUGCCCGUGACCGUGUCCUGCGCACUCUUCUACAGCCUCCGGGAGGUCGUGGGCAGGGCCCUCGCGCCCCGGGACCCUUUCAAGGACCCCCCUUCGGCUGAGUGCACCCCCGUCGUCCUGCCCGAGCAGGACGGUGUGUGCCUGCCCCUGAGCGAGCACACAGUGGACAUGCUGCAGGGCCUGCGCUUCCCCAGCCUGGGCGUGCCCCACACGGAGGCCCUGGGCCCUGCCAAGGACCCCAUCCACACCUUCCUGGGAACUUGCCGCGUGCCGGGCAGCCAGCCGGCAGGACCCGAGUCCCUGCGGGCCAAGUACCUGCCCCCGUCAGUGGCCACCAUCAAGGUGUCGGCAGAGCUGCUCAGGGCCGCCUUAGGGGACAGUCACGCAGGUGUGUCCCUGGGCUGUGCCACCCUGCAGUGGCUCCUCACCGAGAAUGCUGCCGCAGACAUCGUGAAGGCCCAGGUGCUGUCCUCUGUCCAGGGAGUGGCCCCCGAUGGCACCGAUGUCCACCUCAUCAUCCGAGAGGUGACCGUCACUGACCUGUGCCCAGCGGGCCCCAUCCAGGCCAUGGAGAUCCAGGUGGAGAGCUCCUCUCUAGCCAACAUGUGCAGGGCACACCACGCCAUUGUCAGGCGUUUGCAGAGGCUGGUGGUGGAGCAGGCUGCCCGGGGCUCCAGCCCGCCUGAUCUCCGCCUGCAGUAUCUCCACCAGAUGCAGGCCAACCAUGAGACGCUGCUGCGGGAGGUGCAGAUGCUGCGGGACCGGCUGUGCACGGAGGACGAAGCCAGCUCCUGCGCCACUGCCCAGAGGCUGCUGCAGGUGUACCGGCGGCUCCGCAGCCCCAGCCUCCUCCUGCUGUGACUCCAGCUGCCACGGCCUCUGCACUCAACCUCCACGCCUCUGGGCCGCCGCCCACCCAGAACGUCGGGGCUGGAUCAUCGACGUCGCUCCACUCAGAAGUCGGGCCUGGCCGUGGGGUCUAGGCUCCAGAGCAGGGUCGCUGCUGCCCUCGCAGCGUGCUGGGGCCCCAGAGAUGGGGCUUCGGGGUUGAGACUCGGGCAGGUGCAUUUCAGCGGUUGUCUGGUUCCCACCACGGUGCCCAAAGCCGGGGGCUGCCCCUCUUAGCAGCACCACUCGCCUUCCCAUAGACCUCUUGUCCAGACCUCUCUCCGCACCUGCACAGCUGUCCCGCUCUGGGGGCCUUGGUUCUGCUUCUCUGCAGUUACUGGGGUCACCAGGUGGGAGGGUGCUCCCUGUGACCAAAGCACAAAGA